UGACUUGACUUUAGGCUGACUUCCUUGUCCGACUGCUGCGGGACUCUGAGCUCCUCUUUAAUUUGCUCUUUGCUCCCUUGGCUGGAUUUACUGUUCUGUAACUUUCUAGCGCCCCACUCACUUCUCUCAUCAUGCUCUUCCAUUGUUUUCUUCUAACGGGAGCUCUGCUCUCAUUGGCUGUACCUACUAAUGUCGCCAUCGAGACGUGUCCAGCAAUGCCAGGAAUGCCAGGCAUUCCCGGGCUUCCUGGCAGAGAUGGUCGUGAUGGUGAGAAAGGAGAAAAAGGAGAUCCAGGAGAAGAAAGGAGCUACGGGUCCGGGUUUCAGAAGGGCAUGAAGGGCGAUCCAGGGCAAAGUGGACCUCCUGGCAAGCGUGGCCCAUCAGGAGAACCAGGAGAACCAGGCCCUGAAGGGAUUCCUGGGCCUCCAGGGGAGCCGGGAGAAGCUUGGUCCUCUGCAGCUCAACCAAUGGCAGCCUUCAGUGUGGCCAGAAUGACCUCUGGAUUUCCUGACAAAGCCAGCACCAUCCGGUUCACCAAAGUCAUCACUAACAUCCAGGAUGACUACAACACAGAUACGGGACACUUCAGGUGUCGCGUUCCUGGGAUGUACUACUUCGUUUUUCAUGCUACUCUGGGAGACAAACUCUGCGUGUUGAUGAAGCUGGAUGACAACCUGCUGACAUCGUUUUGUGAUGCUCGCCGCAGGAAACAGGUGACUUCGGGAGGCCUUUCAGUCUACCUCUCCCAGGGUCAGGAGGUUUGGCUGGAGACCAAAGACCAGAGAGGGAUGACAGGGGGUCCCAACGGCUACAGCAUCUUCUCCGGUGUAUCUGAGCUCGCUGCUGGACUCGCCCUCCAGUGGCUGAGCUGCAGUACUGCAUGGCUGCUCCUCCUGGUCUGCAUCCUCCCUGUUGACAUGCAGUCCUGCAGCGGAGCGACCCCUGGGAUUCCUGGAAUACCUGGAUCUCAUGGUCCCAACGGCAAGGACGGUCCCAAGGGCGAAAAGGGAGAUCCAGGUGAAUCAGGUCAAGCUAACAGGGGUCACAAAGGCAUGGCAGGUCUGCGGGGCCCACCGGGACGGCCUGGUAUGAAGGGGGACGUAGGUCAGCCUGGCGCUGCUGGGUAUGCGGGCCAGAAAGGGGAAAAAGGAAAACCCUUCAACCCCUCCAACAAGCAGAAAUCCUUCUUCUCCUACCAACGGGCCCCUUCAAAUAUCGCAGAGUUUAACACAGCUGUUAACUUCAACAGGGAGAUCGUCCCAGAGCUGGGCCCACAGUUUCAAGGAGAAAAGGUGAUCGAUGGCAAAUUUAACUGCACAAUAAAAGGAGUCUAUUUCUUCAGUUUCCACAUCUCAGCAAAGUCCAGAGUGUGUGUGAAGCUGAUGAAGGGAGAAGAAAGUCACAUGACGCUGUGUGACAGCUCUGAUGCUUUCCUGGUCACGUCUGGCUCAGCGGUUCUGGAGCUGAAUCCUGGAGACCAGAUUUCUGUGGUGCCAACCAGGUUCAACGGCCUUCUUACGAGCCAGAGCAGCACCAGCCACACCUUCACAGGCUUCAUGAUCUUCCCCACCUUGUAAACCAACCAGGCUCAGACCAUCGCACCACAGGAACCUUCAACCGGCUGCAGGAAUUCUUCUCUGGUGAAAACGGAGUAAUCGCUUGACGUUAGAAAGGAUGGCUCUUCAUGUUUUCUCUGAAUAUUAAAAUAUUUUCAUGUUCCUGGUGAAUUAUCCUUUAGACACGGUUUGCAAUCUUUGACCCAGUUUAAAUAAAAUGAAAGCCGGGU